AAGUUGCCCUGUCUUUGUCUCUGUCUUCAAUUUUCUUUCGGUUUAAACUCCAGAAUUGUAGAGAGAGAAAAUCACUCCCAUGUUAAUAUUGUAGUUUCCUUUCUGUUUGUUUCCCUCGUAAUUCUAUGUUUCAGAGACUCACCAAACACACUCACACGCACCUCUCUGCAAUCUCCGAUUUCUCUUUUUCUCUCUCUAAAACCUUCACCUUCAUCUUCUGAGUUCUGCCCACUGUUUAGAUCAGUUUGGCCUGUGGUGCCGGCACAUAACCGUUAUUGAAACCAGCUACGAUGAAGAAGGCCAUUGGUCAAACUGUUAGGGAACUCAAAAGAGAAGUAAAUAAGAAAGUACUCAAAGUUCCUGGCAUAGAACAGAAGGUUCUCGAUGCUACGAGCAAUGAAUCUUGGGGUCCUCAUGGAUCACUUCUUGCUGAUAUUGCACAGGCGAGCAGAAACUAUCAUGAAUACCAGAUGAUCAUGGCGGUAAUAUGGAAGCGACUUAAUGACACUGGCAAGAAUUGGCGACAUGUCUACAAGGCUUUGAUAGUACUAGAAUACAUGGUAGGUCAUGGGUCAGAGCGAGUCAUAGAGGAUAUUAGAGAGCAUGCCUAUCAAAUAUCGACAUUGUCCGAUUUUCAAUAUAUUGAUUCCAGUGGAAAAGACCAGGGAAACAAUGUCAGGAGGAAAUCACAGAGUCUCGUUACCCUUGUGAAUGAUAAAGAAAGAGUCAUAGAGGUUAGACAGAAGGCUGCCGCUAACAAGGACAAGUUUCGCAACAAUGCAUCAAGUGGAAUGUAUAGACCUGGUUCAUAUUCAAGCAAUGGACCUUAUGGUGAUAGAUAUGAUGAUGAUCCUUAUCGGAGCAGGGAGGAAGAUAGAGGCUAUGGUAGAGAAAAAGAAUGGGGCUAUAGAGAUGAUGAUCAGUAUAAUCGUGAUGGAGAUCGUUAUGGCAGAGAUUAUGAGGAUCGAUAUAAUAGAGAUGGCUACAGGGAUGAUGAAUCCAGGGGAAGAAGUCAAGAUGUUAAUGAUUACAAUUAUGGCUCUAGAAGCAGGAGCUCAGAUAGAGAUCCUGAUCGCAGUUACAAUGAUGAAGGUCAACACUCAUCUCGAGGUACCAGUGCUAAGGCUGAAGACCCUUCUCUGGAAGGAAGGUAAAACAUUCAUAGAUAUGUUAUUUCUUUUUUCUCUCGGGAGCAGAAACUGUCAGAGCAAACUAUGGGGGCUCCUCCAAGUUAUGAGGAUGCUAUUGGUGAAUCUCAAAGCUCUGUACAUCAUGAAAGGGAUGGAGAAACUUCAGCAGCAUCUGGUCCAAGGGGCUCUUCUCCUGCAAGUGAUAAUCCACACCAAACUUCUGCUCCGACAGGAUCUUCUCCUUCUGUAGGUAAUAAUCCAAUUGAAGUAAAUGGUGUGCCGACUACUGCUAUAUCUGGAAACCAGGAAGUUGAGGCUUCUGAUGAAUUUGACCCUCGUGUUCCUCUUUCAGCUGCCCCGGCCACCUUAAAUAAUGUUGAAGUGGACUUACUUGGCUCCCUCUCAGAGUCAUUCUCGUCGAAUGCAUUGUCCUUAGUGCCCUCUGCAUCAGCAACUGCAGCCGCAGCAAUUGAAGGCAAUGUACACCUUGAUUCAACAGCUUCCUCUGCAGCACCACCACCUGGCUCCAAUAAUUUUGAUCAGUCUUUUGAAGACCCUUUCGGUGAUUCACCAUUUAAGGCCAUUUCUUCUGAAACAACUCCAUCUCAACCUGAGACGAAUCAGAGGGUCGAACCAUCCCAAUCAAGUGUAUCUGACUUUGGGUUUGGAGACUCAUUUUCUGCUGCACUGCACUCUACAUCAGAUGCCAGUGACAAUCAUUCUUUAGCGACAAACUCACAGUUAAUAUCUCAAGGUUUUUCUGCCCCACAACAGCAGAAUGAUAUUCUUGCAGAUAUUCUUCCGCCUGCACCAUUACCUGGAACGAUCUCACAGCAGAACUUUUCAGCCCCUCCCAAUUCUCAAUCUUCAUCUGAGCUAGUGGCAUCACAAUCCAUUUUUGCACAAACUGGCCAAAAUACGCCGCAAAGUUUCUCAGCUGAACCAGCAACACAUUCCUUUUCAGUUCCCACUGGCCAACUUGCCCAGCAAGCCUUUUCAGCUGCCAAUGGCCAACCAGUACAACCACCUUAUUUGGCACCAACUAGUCAACAUGCACAGCAACCCUUUUCAGCCCAUGCUGGUCAACCUGGCCAGUCAAUGGGUCCUAUGUAUGGUGGAUUCCAGUAUCAGGCAGGAUCUGUGACUUCAGGAGCUUCGGGUAUGUUACUUGAACCAAGUGGUGGAAAUAAUGGACAUAUGAACAGUUGGAGUGUCCUGCCACAAGGAUCUCCAGCACCUAUUCCUUCACACAUGACUCCCCAAGCACAAAUAGGACAGCUGUCACAGACUGCAAACUACUUUCCCCAGCAUGGAGGGUCUAGUUCUCAAUCCCCAACAAAUCAAGCACCACAGUUUAGCAGUGGGAAUUUCAUCGCACAAGAGGGGAAUGCAUCCACUUUUACACAUCAACCACAUGAUGUAUCUGGUGAAAAACAAAAUGAAUUUGUAGGCAGCUUACUUGGUCAAGGUGCAAAUGUUCCUAAUGCUUCCCAGUAUGCUGUGCCUUCAACAGGAUCAAAUUAUAAGGCCUCAGAACCGUCUAAGGAUAAGUUUGAGAUGAAAUCAACAGUUUGGGCAGAUACACUGAGCAGGGGGCUAGUUGAUUUGAAUAUAUCUGGAGCUAAAAUAAAUCCCUUAGCAGAUAUCGGAAUAGACUUUGCUUCCAUUAAUAGGAAGGAAAAGAGGAUGGAGAAACCUACCACAACAGCCGUAACAUCAACUGUAACCAUGGGUAAAGCCAUGGGAUCCGGUUCAGGUGUAGGCCGGGCUGGUGCUGGUGCUCUCAGAGCUCCGCCAAACCCAAUGAUGGGUUCAGGCAUGGGAAUGGGAAUGGGAAUGGGCAAUGGUCCUGCUGGUGGUAUGGGUAUGGGAGGCUAUGGAGGUAUGAGCGCGCCAAUGGGAAUGAACAUGGGUAUGGCGCAGGGAGUCCAGAUGCAGCCACCUACUGGGUUAUACUCUGGGUCCAACAUGGCAGGUAAUUAUAACCCCAUGAUGGGAACUGGUGGUUAUCCUCAACGGCCAUAUGGUUCCUACCGGUAAGAUUUAGCUUGUACCUCAAGAUAGAAAAGUUAUGGGUAUGAGAUUGAGAAUUGUACUUAGAUAGCAUGAUAAAGAUUAAUAUUGAUUGUUUUGUCGAAUGAUUUUGAGCAAGAUGAUGGCAAGCCAAUCCAGUGUUGCUUGUGGUCUGCAUUCUAUACCUUUACAUUUGUAUUUUAAUAACAGAUGUAACUUUCUGUAAAGUGAUCCAGAUGUAUGGUUAUAGUACUUGUGUGAUGUAUGGUACUAUCAUUCUUUCUGUUUUGGGUGGUCAUAUUCAUUUGGUGCUUUGUGGCAUCGGCAUUGUAUAACCUUUGCUGGGAUUGGACGGAAGAGGUGAUAUUAAUAUAUUGUUUUUCUCCAUUGGACACAUGAA